AUGGGUGACAGCAGAGUAACCGGUACUUACAAACCAUUUGCACAACUGGGCCAAUUCAUGGAGCAAAUGUUUCAGGCUGAUUCCUUCUCAGUUUCUCCCACCCUCCAUCGCUUAGCCAGUGAAGGAAAUGAGGCUGAGAUCAUUGACUUGAUCAACAACGGAGGUGACGUCAACGAAGAGGACAGUGAUAGGUUCACAGCUCUUUAUCAUGCUGUAGAUGGAGGGCACGCGGAAGUUAUUGAAAUCUUAUUACAAAAUGGUGCGCACGUCGUUGGAAAACAUAGCCUUUUGCACGUUGUCCGAGAUUUAAAGUCUGCCCAAUUACUGUUUCAAGCUAAGGCUAACCUGAAUGGCCGUGAUGAAUUUGGAGACUCUCCAUUACACACAGCAAUAAGGAAAGGCAAACACGAGCUUGUAGAAUUUUUCUUGUCAGUUGGUGCCGAUGUUCUAUGUACCAAUGCCAAGGGAGAGACUCCACUUCACACACUCUGUUCAUCAUUUAUGGAAAAGCCACACGACGAAAAACUAACUCAAAAACUGAUUGAAAUGGGAGCGAAUGUAAAUUCGAAAGAUUCCCAGGGCAGGUCUCCAUUACAUUUGGCUGUCAUGAAUUAUUACCUCGAGAAAGUACAAACAGUGAACAUUUUGAUAAAAGCUGGAGCAUCUGUAACAGAUGUAGAUCUGCAGGGAAUGAAUCCAAUUCAUCAUCUCGUCGAGAAGAACAGACCAUAUUCAGAAGAUGAUAACAAGUUGUUCUUAGAAUACAUCGACCUUCUAGUCAUUCAUGAUAGUGCGGCUAAUUCCAAGGAUGCCAUUGGUCAAACCGUCCUGCAUUUAGCAAUACCUGCGGGAGCGCCAUUGCAAGUUUUGGAAUACCUUGUACAAAAAGGAUGUGUACCCACCACUGAAGACGGUCGAAAACGCAGUUUACUGCACUGUAUUGUAGACCGAGAUGGACAUGACGUCACUGAUAUUUUAAACUUCUUAUUGGACAAGGAACUUGAUAUCAAUUGUCCUGAUAUGUGGGGACAGACAGUCUUGCAUCAUGCUAUCGAGAAAGACAAGAAGGAACUUUUUAAAGCUUUGGUUGAACGUGGAGUAGACGUGAACGUGAAAGAUUCCGUAGGCAGACGACCAUUACAUAUUGCAGCGGAGAGGGGGUCUGACGUCAUGUGCAAUUCUCUAACCAAACUAGGGGCAAAUAUCAACGCACAAGACAGAUAUCAGUCCACACCACUCCAUUUUGCAGCGUGGAGCAACAAGGCUUCUGUUGCAGAUGUUUUAAUCAAAGCAGGAUGUGAUGUUGAACUCCGCGAUGCAUGUGAACAAACAGCGGAAGAGCUGCCGAAAUUUUGGUCCAGUCUCGAUUUUCUGCAGAUAAUGCAUGAAAAAGACGGAAGUUAUGAGCUUGAAUUGGAACAACGAAAGAAACUGUUAGCAAAACACGGCAGCGAGUUGUUGCAGCUUGAAACUUUUCAAGACAUCAUCAAUCCUAGCGAGGAAUCGUUACACAUGUCGGGCACUUUGAGUGAAUAUUUAAACUGCUUAAUUUCCACACCGGGAAUAGGGACAGUUUUUGAAGAUCCCGAAGCGGGAGAAAUCCGGAAUGUUUUAGACAGAUUUGCGACAAAUGUGGUAAAACGUAUAGCAGACAAUCAUCCAAAAAUGCGUUGUACUCUGUAUCACGCAGGUAGUUCGUCAGAAGGAACCAAGACAAAAUAUCCAGAUGAGUUUGACUAUGUUGUCUGCCUCGAUGAACUGAGUGAAAAUAUUUAUCCAGAACAUGAAACCGAGGACGUUCGCGAAAGUGUUCAACUUGUUCCAGAUAGAGAAGCAAAUGAAAAAGUAAAGGAGGUAUUAGAGAAGGGGGUAGAUUAUGAAGAAACUUCAUCAUCAGUGUCAAAUUACACUCAAAUCUUUCUGAAAGAUCACACAAGCUACGAGUACUCAGAGUUUACACGGGACCUGGAACCGAAAGCGAUUUCAAAUUACAUGAUGUUUAAUCUAUUCGCACAGCGACUAUUCAAUAUCGUUUUCGAUGAAAGCUUCCCAAAAGAUGAACGUUUGGUAAUAAAGGACGUCACCAAUGACCCCAAGUUCUCCCUUUUGUGGAAAGGAUCGAGAUAUAAAACUCUGGCAAUCGAAGUUGAUUUUGUCCCCGCAGUGCGCCUUCCUUCUUGGCCAGACAAUUUUCGAAUCCAGUCUCCACUCCUUGUUCCAGAUCUUUUACAGCUUCCCUGUCUCGCUGUUCCGAAACUGACGAGUCAACAAGAUGACAGACUUUGGAGAUGUUCUCUGUGUCUUGUUGAGACUGCUAUUAUGAAAAGAUGUCUACAUCGAAUUCGAAAUAGCUACAUAGCAGCCAAGUCGCUGAUCAGCUCUGCUAUUUGUCCUCUUGUUAGCUUUGAGGAGUACAGAGACGCGAAGAUGCAGUACGCAAGUGAACAUGACAGUUUGCCUUCCGAUGACGACCCUAUUCUGUUUGAAAACGUCGAAGGUAUGUUGCCAUCAUAUAUACUAAAAAUGGCCCUCUUCUACUCCAUAGAAGAAAAAGCAACGAAGGAUGGAGUGGAAACUGUCUUUCGUGAAUUCGAGCAACAUACUCAACGGUCAGAAAGUGCUUCUGAUGUUGCGUUGAGUGAAGAACCUGACCCAGAAAUAGUUAAGGACAUAUUCAUGAAAUGUAAUGAUUGGCUUUCGAAUCAGUUUGUUCCAUCGUUUUUUAACCCACGACAAAAUGUAAUGGGAUCAAUGAUGCUGGAAGAAAAUGGUGUUAAAGCGCAGAUGUUUGUAAAGUAUAUUUUGAAACUUUUAAACGAAAAGUGUUGA